UGUGGAUAGAAGGGUGUAGUACAUAGCUAGCCUUUCUUUUAACUCCUGGUAUCAAGAAAAGUUAGUCACAAUCCAUACAUCUUAAAAAUGGCCUCCACCACAGUUCAUGGUAAUCCGAUGAACUGCCUGCAGUCCGAAACUCCUCGCCCUUUGGCAAACUUCAAGCCUAGUUUAUGGGGUGAUCGUUUCAGUUCAUUUGUUCUAGAUAACCAGGCAUAUGAAUUGCAUUCUAAAGAGAUUGAAGUGUUGAAAGAAGAAGUGAGAAGUUUGCUAGUAAAUGCAAAAAGUACAACGGCCGAGAAAAUGAGUUUGACCAACACACUUGAGCGCCUUGGUAUUUUCUAUCACUUCGAGAAAGAGAUCGAAGAGCAGCUUGAACAAAUCUUUCAUUCUCAUGUUCACCUUGAAAAUAAUGAAGACUGCAAUGAUUUGUUCAUAGCUGCUGUUCAUUUUCGAGUAUUCAGACAACAUGGUCAUAACAUAUCUUGUGAUGUCUUCAUCAAAUUUAAAGACAACAAUGGUAAAUUCAAUGAGAACCUUACUAGGGAUGUUAUGGGGAUGCUAAGCUUGUAUGAAGCUGCACAUUUGAGGAUACACGGAGAAGAUAUUCUAGAUGAGGCUCUUGCUUUCACCACCACUCACCUUGAGUCCAUGGUAACCGAAUUAAGCCCUUUUCUUGCAAAGCAAGUGAUGCAUGCCCUAAAGCAACCCCUCCACAAAGGCCUCCCAAGAUCAGAGGCAAGGCAUUACAUCUCUGUCUAUGAAGAAGAUGCUUCAAAGAAUGAUCUGUUAUUGAAACUUGCAAAGCUUGACUUCAAUCUAGUACAAUUGAUGCACAAGCAAGAACUAUGCCAUGUCUCAAGGUGGUGGAAAGAACUAGACUUUGACUCUAGACUUCCUUACUCAAGGAACAGAGUGGUUGAGUGCUAUUUCUGGGCUAUGACAGCAUAUUUUGAACCUUGUUACUCCUUUGGACGGAUCAUGCUCGCCAAAAUUAUUAUUAUGGCAUCAAUUCUAGAUGAUACAUAUGAUGCAUAUGGUACAAUUGAAGAACUCAAUCCUUUUACAGAUGCAGUGCAAAGGUGGGACAUGAGCGCCGUCAAUCCGCUCCCAGAUUAUAUGAAGAUAUUGUAUAGAGCUCUCCUAAAUCUCUACGAAGAAUUUGAAAAGGAAAUGACAAAACAGGAAAGAUCCUAUAGCGUUUGUGGUUCAAAAAAUGCAUUACAAGAACUUAUUGGGAGUUACUACGUAGAGGCUAAGUGGUUUAAUGAAGGAUAUGUGCCAUCAUUCAAUGAGUAUAUGGGCAACGCACUUAACACCGCUGGUUAUUCCCUGCUCACAACAUCAUCCUUUAUGGGCAUGGGAGAAAUUGGUACAACUGAGGCUUUUGAUUGGAUUAAAAAUAAACCUAAAAUUCUUGUUGCUUCAUGUACAAUUGUAAGGCUCAUGGACGACAUAGUAGAUUAUGAGGAAGAACAGGAGAGGGGACACGUCGCUACAGGAAUUAUAUGCUACAUGAAGGAGCAUGCAGGCAUGUCCAAAGAAGAAGUAACUGAUGAGUUCAAUAGAAGGAUUGAAAAUGCAUGGAAAGAUAUCAAUGAGGAAUGCUUGAAGCCAAACUCCAUCUCGAUGCAUCUUCUAAGGAGAAUUGUCAACCUAACCAGAGUAAUGGAUGUCCUUUUCAAGAAUGGUGAUGGAUAUACUCAUCCAGAAAAAGUGUGGAAAGAUCACAUUGUCUCGAUGUUCAUCGUUCCCAUACCCAUAUGAGCAUGGAUUUGCUGUUUACAUUGUGGUUGGUUUUCUUCUCUGAAGAUGAAUUGAUUUGAAAAAAAGAAAAAUAAAAAAAACCACAAGAACAAUAAUAAUAAUUUGGGUUGGUGUGUUCACUUUAUGAAGGGUUUGAGAUUCGCGUUUGAUGUAAUGUAAUGGACUGAAUAUGAUUAGUAGUACUACAAAUGCUUCGUCUAAAGUUGUAUGAAAUUCUGAUAUACUCGUCUCUGAUG